AAACUCCCAGUUAUAACAAAACUCUACACAGUGGGCAGUAGUCUAAAUCACGGAUAAUGGCCAAAACCCAAGACCAUGUCUUCACAGACAGAGGGGGCGUUAUCGAAAACCGACACCUAGUCCACGCAGCAAUAGUGGACGCCCAAGGCAAACUGCUGUACAGCGUCGGCGACCCUUCACGGAUAACGCUAGUUCGCUCGGCAGCCAAACCAGCGCAAGCCCUAGCCGUCCUCGAGACGGGAGCCCCCAAGCAAUUCGGCUUCGACGACGCCGACCUGGCACUGAUGUGCGCAUCCCACAACGGUGAAGCCAGACACAUAUCGCGGGCGUUUGCCAUGCUGGCGAAAGUCGACGCCCGGGAACAGGAUCUUCGAUGUGGCGGCCACGCCGCCCUGUCGGCGUCGGUCAACCGAGCGUGGAUCAAGAGCGACUACACCCCUACCGAGAUAUGCAACAACUGCUCUGGUAAGCAUGUUGGCAUGCUGGGCGGGUCGAAAGCCAUCGGAGCUGCAAUCGCAGACUACCACCUGCCUACUCACCCCAUCCAACUCCGAGUGAAGCGCGUCGUCGAGGACCUGUGCGGCCUGGAGGCCGACAGCUGUCAAUGGGGCAUCGACGGCUGCAAUCUCCCAGCCCCGGCGUUCCCCCUCCACUACCUGGGCAAGAUGUAUGCCGCUCUUUCUGCGGCGGCAGAUUCCAUGGCUGUCGACUGCUCCGCUUCCGCGCGAGAACGCGGUCUAUCCCGAAUCUAUCACGCCAUGACGCAAUACCCAGAGCUCGUCGGCGGCGAAGGGCGAUUCUGCACAGCCCUCAUGCAGGCGUUCGGGGGUUCUCUCGUCGGCAAAGUAGGGGCAGAUGGGUGCUACGGGAUAGGUAUCCGGGCGUCAGAGGCGACGGACCGAGUUGGUGCCGCUGGUGCGAUCGGCAUCGCUGUCAAAAUCGAAGACGGCAAUCUUGAGAUUCUCUAUGCGGCUGUAAUGGAGAUCCUCGAGCAGCUGCAGAUAGGGACCCGAGAUGCCCGAGGCAGACUGGCAGACUUUCAUCGUCCCGUCAUUACCAACUCUGCUGGUGUCGUCACAGGACAUACAUCUCAUGAGGUUAUAGUGAGACCGGCAAUGGCCUUGUAGUAU